AUGACCAAAAAGCCCUACCCUGUGCUCGCGCCCCGCGGCCAAAUCCCCAUCACCCAUCUCCCACACCUCACACCAUCACUUGCCCCACGAAUCUCGCUCACUCAACGUAUCUUAACACCACUCAUUGUGUGCGCAACAUUGGUUAUUCUGCUGCUGUGUGUUGUGACGGGUAUUGUGUUAACGGUUAAGAUUUUUGGGGACGGGCAUGCGCUUGCGCUUGUGUUGAGAGUUGGGACGGGGUUCGUAGUUGUUGGGUCCUCACUCACCCUCAUCUAUCUCCUCCUUCAUUUUUCCGCCAGUAUCAAAAACCAUCCCAUCGGCUUCGUGCGUCCUCCAGAGUUGAAACUGCACGCGUAUAGCUUUAUAGCUGCGCGCGUUACGCUUGUUUCGUGGAUGUUAUCGAUCAUCGUAUCGAGCGUCGUCGUAUCGAAAUCGAAAGUGUGUGUUUCCGGAACGACGGAUUGCAAGGUGCAGAUUGGAGGGUUGGUUUUGAGCUGUGUUGGGUUCGUAGCAACAGGAACCAUCCUCACCGCCCUCGAAGCCUGUCAAUACCCCUUCCAGCUCCCUACGCGCACCAAUAUUCUUCAAGACGGAGAAAUAAACUGCCGAGUUUCUUCUUUCGGCGACGAUCUCGUGGAUAGUAAUCUUACCUCGCUCAAUCCCUCAGCUGCCAAUAUUUUACAGUCAUGUUUGGCGAGUGCAUCAGCAAGUGCUGAUUCCAUACCAUCACUUCCUGACGAUUAUCUGUUUAUGGGAAAUGAGAGGGAAGAGUGGGAGAAAAAUUAUUCGCUUGCUUUAGCGAAGGAGAGAAUUACUAGAGAGACGAACAUCAAAAGGAAACCUGUGCCUACUGAACUAGCAAUAGCAGAGGGACUUCCAAAAUCUGAGUCCCAGGUUAGUGUGAAUUCUAUGCCGGGGGAGUUUCCGGAAGAAAGAGAAAGGAUUGUGCCGUUAAGACCGAGAUAUACACCUAUUUCUGAACGUGUCUCUACGCCUUCAUCUACGCUUGUAUUAUCGCAAGAUAAAGAUGAAGAGAAGGAAAAGAGCAAAGGCUGGGGAAUCGGCUGGUCAUAUCUCACAAGAGAUACGAGCACAAACAUUAGUACUGUAACGGAUUCAAACGAUAACGAGAAGUGCGUAACCCAAUCCGAUUCAGCGAUAUCGUUGGGCGUCCCAUCCAAUCCCAGUACCACGUGCGGCACUUGCGCGCAUCCAGCGUCGAAAUCUUCCGGAAACUUUAUAUCACAGAGAAUAGGAAGACAAAGAAACGUAACACCGAGUAGUAAUAUAAUCGACGCUUCAAUGCGAUCUCCAUUAUCCACCAUGCGAACUGCCGAGUCUCCAGAAAUAGCCAUCAAGCCCGAUGUGGCUUUAGUUCCAACCAGAGUUUCUUCACCACUGGAUCGAAUAUCUCCCCGAAAACCUCUUAUUACUCAACCGUUACCAAUUGCAAUCCUAAACGAAAUGAUGAUAAGAAGACCAUUAGUUCCUGCUCCUUCCAGAAUGCCAGAAGGAUUCACGAAAGGAUAUACACAAACACCUCAUGCGCCUAUCACCCCCCUCAAAAGAAAACCUGUAGAAAGCGACAAAAUUCUCAAACACCCGCCCAAAUCGUGGAAAGAUGCUCUUCCCGUACGAGGUGGGAGUUUCGAAAUCGAACGAAAACCACUCGCUUCACGCCAAGGAAUGACUACCCAUCCAUCCAAAAAUCCCGUCGUAAAAUCUGCAUCAAAACAAAAGUCUGCAGAACCUAGACCAUCUUUAAAAUCAUGGAAAGAUUCUCUACCCAACCGAGGCGGAAGUUUUGAACCGCAAAGAUCUACAGCGAACAUUCGAGAUGUAUUUCCCAACAUCGCACGAGGGCCUCUUGAUCGAAAUCAAAAUCAUAAUCACAAUAUCAAGCCCGUAUCCCCAUCCACGACCACUAAAGCCACACCUCUCACCCCCAAAAAGAAGACCGGGAGCCAAAUCCCCUCUCAGACACCCCACAAAUCACCCAACACCGCCAUCGUGAUCAAGAAACGCAGCACAGAAAUCCAAGUCCCGGGCGCAUUUAUCGAGUAUUCGAAACCCGGAACCACAAAAAAACGACCCACCAGUCGAGAGAUGAAAAUUCCCGGGGCGUUUAUCGAAAGUGUUCCUUCGACCCCUGAAUUCGAAAAAAUCAAGAAGAGGAAACUAUUGUUCAGAAAAAGCCACAGGGAAAAUGCGAAGCAAGCAAACAUAGCCCCCGAAGUUGACGAACCAGAAACUCUCUACAAACCUGCACCUCUCGGGCCGCGCCCCUUCAAGCGAAGAUUAUUUGGGAGAGCGAAUGCUGGAAUUUCGAAGAAUGAGAGUGAAGUAGAGACUGCACAAUUAUGGAGAGGGAUAGAGUGGGCGCGGGUGGAACCGUUGAGGAAGUUGAGUUUGGGGGAGGUGUCGAGUGGGAUGGGGAAUUUGUGGGAUGAUUAA